AUGUCGUCCGCAACCACCCCGGCCGCUCAGGCGAACAGCAGCAGCUGGACCGCCUUCCUAAAGUCCAUUGCUUCCUUCAAUGGCGACCUCUCUUCGCUCACCGCGCCUCCAUUCAUCCUCUCUUCCCAGUCUCUUACCGAAUUCUCUGCCUACUGGGCCACGCACCCUCCCGUCCUGACCGCCCCUGCUGCCGAGUCUGAUCCCGCCAAGCGUGCUAUGCUCGUCCUCAAGUGGUUCCUUUCGACCCUCAAACAUCAAUACGCCAGCAGAAGUGAGCAGUUUGGAAACGAAAAGAAGCCUCUGAACCCCUUUCUUGGUGAACUUUUCCUCGGUACCUGGACCGACGAAGCUGGCGAGACCACUCUCAUCUCAGAACAGGUUAGCCACCACCCUCCUGCUACCGCAUAUUGCAUUCGCAACAACAAGACUGGCGUCGAGCUCGAGGGUUACAAUGCCCAGAAGGCCACCUUCAAGAGCACCAUUAUCGUCAAGCAAAUUGGUCAUGCCGUUCUUCGUGUUCCUCUUGCCUCGGGCGAGAUUGAAUCCUACCUCAUCACCCUCCCUGGCCUGCAUAUCGAGGGUUUGAUUUUCGGUGCGCCCUUCGUCGAGCUUGAUGGCUCAAGUCAUAUUACCAGCUCCAGCGGCUUCACUUCCAAGAUCGACUACAGCGGUAAGGGAUGGCUGUCUGGCAAGAAGAACACCAUUGUUGCCACUGUCCAUCCUACAGGCAAGGAGAAGGAGGUUCUCUACAAUGUCACCGGCCAGUGGAACAAGUCAUUUGAGGUUUAUUCAGGACCCGCCAAGUCUAACUCCAAGUCUACACUUGUGAGCACAUACGACGCUGUCAACACCGCCCAGACUGAGCUCCGCGUUGCUCCUAUCGAUCAGCAACAUCCCCUCGAGUCUCGUCGUGCCUGGUCUCGUGUCGCCGAAGCCAUCCAGAAGGGCGAUAUGGACACCACCGGUUCUGAGAAGGGCAAGAUCGAGCAUGCCCAGCGCAACAUGCGCACCAAGGAGCGCUCGGAGGGCCGCGCAUGGGAUCGCCAAUACUUCACCGCUGUCGAGGGACAAGACCCCGUCCUUCAGCAACUCGGCAAGGUCGUCGGUGUGCCUGUUGAUGGCGAGGCUGAUAAGACUGGCGGCCUCUGGCGAUUUGAUAAGGUCAAGGCUGAUGCCCGUGCUGCUAAGCAGCUCACCCAGGAUGACAUUGCUCAGAUGGAGAAGGAGCUUCUUGGAUGGUAG